AUGUCAUUUUACAAGGAGGUGGAGAAUGCAUCAGGCUUGAAUGAUCAAGUGCCUGCAUUGGAAUCCUAUUUGCCUAAUUCAAUCAUUUAUAUCACCCUGUAUUCUUUGGCUGUGCCACCAAAUAUCCUAUUAGCAUAUAUGGGCCUUAAAAAGGGCCUCAUUUCGGCACGUGUUAAGUACCCAACCUUAGGCAUGACAAUCGCUAAUUUGUAUGGACUCUUCGGAUAUUUGAUGCUGAAUUCAGUGUAUUUAAUCAUGCUAUUCGGUAACAUUAAACUCAGCUUAUUUCUAUGUAGCUUCUUGCGCACAGUUAUCUACAAUACCACAUACGUUAUCUACUUCCUAUUUCCGGUGCUGGCCAUUGACCAAUGGCUACUAGUAUGUCAUAACUGUGAUUUGAGCAUUAAAACGUUAACAGUGAUAAUCCUGACGUGUUUUGUGAUUCCAAUGUUGGUUGCCAUCUACGACCUUUGCCUUCAAGACGUCCUUCUCUAUGAUUUCAUAUUCGCGUACAUACGAAUGUCACCUUAUACUAAUGUUUUUGUAUUCUUCGUAUUAUCGCCGUCAUUUUUUAUUUUCUCAUUCAUAUGCAAUUUGCUGGUGCUCUCAUUCAUCGUUCGAAGACAAACCAAAGCAGCGAGGAAGCAAAGUGGACGAAGUUUGAACCCGAGACAUCUGCAACAACAAAAGGCCAUUGUUUACACAUAUAUUUUGCAAGCAUUCAUGCCACUUGUCUUGGCUACGCCAUAUUACAUUGCAAAUUUAUUUUUAAUGUUUUCAAUCGAUAUAAACAUGAUGUGGUUCACUGUUGGCGAAGCAAUUAUUGGCAUUCAUCCACUUUCAAAUGCUUUAAUUAAUUUAAUUUUACUCCGACCCUAUCGACGAGCACUGAGGAAGAUGUGGAUGAAGAAGGAACCGAAGAGUAUGCAAUAUGAUUCCAUUACAAUUGCUAAUACACACUUCAUGGAUGGCGAUUGCUUCUUGUGA